AUGCUACCUGCAACGUUCAAUUUUAUGCUGAAAAAAAAUAGUCUAAGUGUUUGCAUAGCGGCAAGCGUGAUAGCAAUGCUUUCGAUUGGUCUAUGGAUCGGUUAUCCUCGAAACCUCACUCAAAUUUCUCAAUACUUCAAUGCAAACCGUUCAAUACUUUUAAAUAAUGGAAAUGGCGGUUUGUUAAACAAUACUGAUGGGAAAUCGUUCUUCAAUAUAAGCAAGCUCUAUAAGACAGAUAAAGUAACGUCUCAUAACUACGGUUUAUACUAUGAGAAGUAUUUGCGAAAGUAUGUUGGAUCUAGUGUUGAUUUGCUCGAAAUCGGACUUGGGUGUGGUAUGCCAUACGGACCAGGAGCUUCGGCACAUGUGUGGCGUUCUUAUUUAGGACCACUGGCAAAUAUACACUUCGUUGAAUUCGAUCGGAGUUGCGGUGAAGCAUGGUAUACAAUUGAUGGGUACAAGGUAAACAAUUGUUAAUUAAUUAAAGAUAAGUAAAGGACAGGAGCUUAUAAGAUACCCUAUCGGCCCAUUCCGAUUUUUUCAACUGAACCUAGUCAAAUUGCAUAUGAAACGAAAGCUGUCGUUGAGACAAGCAUUUUGAUAAUAAAUCCUUCCCGAAAAAAGUGAAUUUCAAAAAGUUAUGGACACUAAACGAAAUUGACCAUUGUACUGUUUCUCUUGAAAAGAGUCCCAUUUUGAACACCAAUCUAUCAGAAUAGAACUGUUCUCAUAUUGACUAGUCGGUAGGCAUUUUUAAGCUAUACAAGACAGGAUGAUUAGAAAAGUAAAAAAAACAUUGGUCACUUGAUGAUCCUGAAUGGUGUGGGUGUGCGUGUGGGGCUGGAUUACGCAAUUCUACUCACACCCACACACCCUAGGUUUACGAAAGUGCAACGUAUCAUCAACCCUUUUUCCGCAUAUGAAGAACAUAAUAAAUGAUUUUUAGGUUUAUGAUUUGGAAAAACGGUUUAUCAGAUUUUUCAAAAACAGAAAAAAGGAUAUGUGAUACGUUGCACUUUCGUAAACCGUUUUUUUACAGUGCUGUAAAGGGGAUCGGAAGCAGUGAAAAUGAGGUAGUAUUAGACGAAAAUUAAAGGUUUCAAGUAACAGCACUAUAAGUGAACACGAAAGGCAAACAGAAUGGGACUGAAAGAUCUUUAAGGCUGAAUGCGGUUGACCCUUACCUAGCGACAAAAAUGCAUGGCUCAGAAAUUUCGUGGUGGUUAGGUCAAACUUCCCUAGGGAGAUCAGCUCGUCCCUCCACGGCACUGUAAAAAAUAUCCGUACCCAGGUCGUUCAAUCCGACGCAGGAUCCUAUUGGAUCUUAUAGGAUGCCACCAUCCUAUAGGAUUUUAUCGGGCUACCGGCUUGAGGAAUACAACGACGGAUCCGAAAGUCGGAUUCCUACGAAUAUCCACCGAUAUCCAUUCGUCGGAAUCAGUACGCAUUCCUACUAUGGGUUUCAAUCAAUUCCCAAUAGGAUACGAUGACGAACUCUAAAUUAUUAGUUUCUAACAGGCAAAGGCGACCCAACAAUUCUAAUCCGUAAUUAGUUUUUCGAGGCGAGCUUCCAUUGGUCAGAAAAUAGCUCCAGUCCAAAGUCCAAAGUUGUAAAGAUAGAUUUUUUAUUCCAACUUUUAGCAAAAUUCUCAGGUACGUUUGUAAUAGAUUAUGGAGGUGCAGCAAUUCGAAUCCUCGAUGAUUGAUUGAGCCCCAAGAUAUCCGAUAGUUUAAUGACAGGUACUUCCCAAGGGUUUUGUGCUGUAAGAUUCUAAUAGAAUCCGAUCCGGGGGAUCCGAUAGUUGAAUGAUAAUUGUUUCCGAUGGGGUUGGUUCUGUGGGAUUGCAUUAGAUUCCGAGCCCCGUAGAUCCGAUGGUAUCAUGACAGUUGUUUCCGAUUGGUCUCCGAAGACCGGAUCCGGUCGGAUUCCUCAACGCGGUCAUCCGACGUAAUCCGAUCGGGUUCGGUCGAAUUUCGAUGGGAUCUGACCGGUUCCUAUCUGAUUCUAUUCUAGGAUUGAUGGACCUGGGAUAGAAUAAAAACGAAAAAAGGGUUUCUGAAAGUGCAACGUGUCACAAACCCUGUUAAAGGGUUUAUUAAGGCGCUAUAAACCGUUUCAUAAACCCUAAAAAAUGGUUGAAUAUAGAAUUUAUGAGUUGCAAUAAUUGACCCUGAAGGGUUUAUGAAAGGGAUUAUAAAUUUCAUAAAACCUUAAAGGGUUUGCUACACGUUGCACUCUCAUAAACCCCUUAGAAGGGUUGACAAAAAUACAAUACCCAAAGUUCAACCUCAGAAGACUCAUUUGGAAGUGCGUAUGGAGGUUAUGAAUGGUCGAAAAGGUUUAUGAAAGGGUAUAUGAGAGGGAAGAUGGAUGUCUUCAACUGACUCAGGGUUUAUAGAAGACUAUAUGAAUGGGUUGAUUGAUUUCAAUUAUUGUGAUUGUGUAUAAUAUUUUCUCCUCCUCCUAUGUGUUAACGUGAUAAUUCUCUUGUCUAUUAGGAAAUUUAUUGACGUUUCGAUCGAUGAAAUCGAUCUUCUUCAGAAUUAAUAGGAAAUGAAUACAGAAAAUUUUGUUUUACUGAUGACUCAUCCAAUUGUCAAUUUUUUCUUUAUUUUCUCUAUAAAUAUUACGGUAUUGGUACGGAAAAGACGCUAUAUACUAGAACUUCUUUUGUUUGAUAUUUAAGUGUCCGUACCAAUACUGUAAUAUAAUACUUAUGAAGAGAAUAAAGAAAAAAAUGACAAUUGGAUGAGUAAUCAAUAAAACAAAUUUCUCUGCAUUCAUUUCCUAUUAAUUCUGAAGAAGAUCGAUUUCAUCGAUCGAAACGUCAAUAAAUUAACUAUAAACAAGAGAAUUAUCAGGUUAAAGCAUACGAAGCGAAGUGAAAUUUGAGAGAGAGGAUAAUUAAAUCACCAGACAACAAAGCAACUUCGUAAAGGAUUGUAGUUAGCGGUUUAAAACGAAUACAUCCAGAAAGCCUAUAAAUCCAUCUAUCUUACUAAAAAACUCCUUAGAAUUUGAUCCUAACUUCGUAAAAUGCUAAAGUAAAAUUAUCGUAUGAUUCUUCCGUAAUGUUAUAAUAAUCAUCUCUACUUCUACUAAAUAUUCAACUUUUAGUAGUAUUAAAGUAGCCCUCUUCAGGGUUAUCAUUGCUCGAAGAUCCAGUUCCUGAUCUAUGUACCCUCUUCUAUAAUACAAUAUGGCUAUGGUUAUUUAAUGAAGCUUUAUUAUAUAUAGGUGAGC